AUGCAGCCGUGGGCUCCCUCGCCGCAUGGAUUCGGCGACGGGCUCGGGCCUGGAGGCGGACGCGGAGACGGAGGAGACAGAGCGGGCGUCAGCUCCGGCACUGGUCACCACGGGGGGCCCUACGGGCCCGCAGCAGGGCCUGGAGGCCCCUUCGGGAACGUGGCCGGAGGCGGGAGUCGGGGGUCCCCGACGGCGCUUGCAGGCUACGCGCCCCCGGGCGGAGGCCUGCGGCGGCGCUUCACGCAGAACCUCCUUCACAGACGUCAGAGUGAUUUGCCGCCAGAGGGCCCUUCAGCAGGGCUGUCUCCAGAGCCAGUGGUGUAUCGCCACGGGUCGACUAUGAAUACACGUGCGGCCGCCAGCCCUCGGCCGGCGCCACCGAACGCCCCGCGUCGCAGCGCGUCGCCGCCUGUGCCCCCUCGGCGUGCGAGGGGCUCGACCCGGCGCGAGCGGAAGUUGCUGCGUGACCUCGAGUACGUUCGCGGGAUUCCGGUGUCCAGCAUCGGAUUCUGGGCCUCGCUCUACCGUUUUUUCCUCAUUCUUUUCAUUGGAGGGCGCGAGGGCCUGAAGACGGUCCUCGACGACGCCUUCCAUCUCACGUGGUGCGAGCAAAUCCGCCUGCUGAUCGCGCCCUUGGGGUUCCACACGAUGCAGGGGGCCUUGUUCGCCAUGAUGGCCCUUUCCGUCCCGACGACGUGGAAGCGGCUGCCGGGCAUCGCCGCGUGGCCUGACUUUUUUCCCGUCUCGGCGUGGCAGAGCCUCUCGGUUGUUGACCGCUCAGCUGUCGUGAUCAUCGGGAUUUCGUUCGCGGUCGAGCUAUUCGCCUUUACGUUCACCGCGCCCUUCUUCGAUGUCCUCUUCGUCGCCGGCGGCACGGUCCUUCGCCUUCUCAGCGAGUACCUCCUCAUCCGCUCCAUCGCCGUCAGCUUGGCUCAGCAACUGCCCACGACUGCGGCGGAACAGAACGGAAGUCGAUUCGUGGGAUUCGCCGUCUGCUGUCUCUUCGUCAUCCGCUCUCUUUACCACGUGCUCGCGCUCAUCGUGCCGGGCUGCUUCGCGCUCUGCGGGAAGAGGCUCAUGACCUGCAGACGCGAAAAGAAAAAGGGCUACGAACAAGCGCCGGCAAGCGACGAGUGGCGGGCGGGUGUCGGGCACCGCGAGGUUUACUCGGUUUCGAACGCGUUGAACUUUACAGUGUGCCGCCACUUCCUGUCGCCAAUUUCCUACAACGCGCUGCUCGUGGGACCCGACGUGGUAAAGGGCAUUCGCCUGCUGGACAACAUGGCACACGCGCAGCUCUGCGACAUCAUGCUGACUGUGGGGCUGCAGUUCUACGCGCUGACCAUGCACAUAAACUGGUACGACUUGGGCGUCUUCAUCGGGCACGACGUCUUUCUCGGCAUCUACGCCGUCGUCGGGCAAACAAUCCGCAUCCUUGCUCAGCGCCGAUUCGAGCUGAAGCUCCUUCUCGACCAACUCGUGCUGCAGCGCAGCAUCGAUUUCCGCCUUCCCGGGGACGACGAAGAGGACGUCAGCGACGAGGGAGAUCUCGACACUAAGGGCCGGAAGAAAGACAGACGAACAAUAGGCAUCGUCACCCUCGCAGAUAUCGAGGAGGAGUACCAGGUUGAGGGGUUCUUCUCCUCCCCUGGAAAUAUUUUCCCGCAAAUUUUCUAG